AUGAAGAUGGAUCUGUCCCGCCACCUUAACAGCCCACUCGACCUAUCCGAGAUCCGUGCCAUUGUCGCCACAUACCUUGACCGCAAGGACCUUGUUAUCUGCUUGUGCGUCUCCCGAGACUGGUUCAAGGACUUUGUUGGUCCUGUUUGGCAUACCGUUGACCUCGCCAAGGAUAAAAAGUUUGUCAGUCUCAGCCCCCAUGUCCUGGACAAGUAUGGUUGCUGUAUUCGCCAGGUUCACAACAUCCUCACAUUCGACCAUGUCAAGACUUUGCAGCACCCCAAACUGAACUCUUUGACGUUGAUGAGUGUUGUCAACCAUAUCAACCCGUAUCACCGUGCACUCGAGUUUGAUACCAUCUUACGCAACAGUGCUACACUGACCGAGCUGGAGUUCCGUGGUCCACCACCUAAACCAGACAAUGUCGAGACACAGCAAACUCUGAACCAGAACUACCUUGAAGCAAGCCUUUUGAUCUCGUGCCUCCCGUCAUCGUCGCCCUCUGGUUCUUCUACUAUGGGAUCGCAUCUGACAAGUCUGUAUUUGAAACACUCCUCGAGCGUGACACAUUUGAAUGCAUCCCUUGCCGCUUACUGGACGCCUGACUCUGUUAGUAAUCUCACGGCGCCCACGCUCUUGUGUCACUUCCCUAUGCUGCAGGUGUGGCAUGUCAGAUCUGUCUAUCGACCGCCAACUUGGGAUGAUGUCAAGGUCCGCAAGGAAUUGUCGGAGCGCUGCCCUCACCUCACGUCCUUCAUGUUCAAGCAUGUCGGCAAAGUAGGGGACCUUUCGGACCUGCUUCUCCGCUGUAUUCGCCGGCCAGAGUCACUCGCCUUCCCUGUCAAGAACAUGAGCGAAAAGAUGGCCCUUAGCCUGAUCACCCACAACAACACUCUUACAUCCUUCACCAUCACCAACAAGUGCGUGGAUCCCGCUGUGAUGAAAUGGGUAUACCUCAUCCCCAUGUCCUGCUCGCGUCUCCAAGUCUUCUCUGCAGAGGAACUCGUCCUGGAUAUGAAGAGCGUCGAAGAACACGAGUGGAGCUGUCAGGAUUUAAGGGAGCUGCGAGUUCGAUUCAAGGAUCUCGAGGAUGCUCAACUCAUCGACGCGUGCCUCAGGGUUGUUUGCUCUCAUCGCAAGCGAGCUUCUCGCUUCAGCACUGUGUAUUCGCAGGUCUAUCAUCACCUGCUCCAGUUCGACAAGUUGAGGAUUGUCAGCCUGGGGACCAAGGUGUACUACCUCCCCGCUGCCUCUGUCUAG